CUGUGCAGUGCGAUUUCUGUGGGAAAUGGAGCCUGAGCUGCUGAGGACUUUGCUGAUGAGUGUCGCCAGCACAUCACGUUUGGCAGUGGAGCUAUUCCUUCAGCUCCAAAGUGACAGUGAGGAGGCUUGGCUACCAGGCAGUGGGGCCAAGCAAGCCAGAAACAUGCCGGGCGGAGGCACAGCAGGAGAAGGACAGAGCCUGCCUCCCCUCCCCUCCCACAGAAUGGGAUACAAUGAUUGUCAUUUUGUAAAAGAGGAUAACAUCAGUGAAUCAAGCAUAAUUAUCCUGGUAAUCUUAGUAUGUGAGGCUUUUGUCGGGAUGUGGAUAAACUCUUUCAUUGUGGUCGUGAAUUGUGUUGAACGUGUCAAGCAGAGGCACCUGUCCUCCACUGAUAAUAUCCUGGCUGUCCUGGCAUUCUCAAGAUUUUGCUUCUUGCUCAAAACAAUGUUACAGAUUUUUUACUCAAUAUUUUACCCAGAGAUCUAUUACCUGAGCUCUAUAUUCCAAGUAUUCAGAGCGGUUACCUGGUUUUUUAACAAUUCCAAUCAAUGGUUCGCUGCCUGCUUGUGCGUAUUUUACUGUGUAAAAAUUGCAACCUUCAGCCACCCCCUCUUCAUCUGUCUAAAAUUUAAAAUCUCCAGGCUGGUGCCAUGGUUGCUCCUGGGUUCUGUGCUUUUAUCCUUGUUCAGCAGCCUCCCUUUCCUUAAUUCUGUUUACAAAAUAGAGUGUAAUGAUUUCAAUUCCAGUCUCAAAAGAAUUUACAAUGUGAAAAAUAUCACAGUGGAAACAUCUUUGUCUCAAAUACUUUCUAGCUGUGGCAUUGGAUUUUCCAUGGCGUUCACCAUAUUCAUCAUUUCAGCCUUUCUGUUGUUGUUCUCUCUCUGGAGACACACCCGGCAGAUGCAAAACAACUCGAGCAGUUUCAGGAGCCCCUGUGUGGAGGCCCACAUUCAAGCAAUGAAAGCGAUCAUGUCUUUCUUCCUCAUCAACAUUGUUGACUUUACAGCUUUGCUGAUCUUGUUGGUAAAUGCAUAUGAAGAAACAUCUGCUGCAAGCCUUGUCUGUACAAUCAUUACAGGUGCUUGUCCAUCAGUACAUUCCAUUAUCUUGAUUCUGAGCAAUCCCAAACUGAAAAACACAUUGAUUAAAGUUAUGCGUUAUGCAAACCAGUUUCCCAAGAGAAGUGGUGGAAGUCCCAUUGCUUUGAAGCUGGAUUGGACAACUCACUAGAAAAUAUAUCACAGAAAACAAUGAAGCAUUGUCAGGAACUAGACUAAGUGAUUUAAUAAGGCUUUUCCAUCGCUAACUUGUACAUCUUUAUGAUCCUGUGAUUGAAGGUCACUUAAUUUUGUUCAUCUCAUGUACUUAGUAUUUCAACAUUAUCUUGCAUUUAUGAAGCACCUUUGAUCCAAUGAAACUUAAAUGCUUUUGCUGUGUACAGUCCAGUGCUCUUAACUUGUCCAAUGUAAGAAAAGUCCAGUUCAGCCUAUUACAUAAAAUUAUUUAUACAAAUCAGCAAAAAUUUAAGACAAAAAGAACCCCCAAGGACUGUGUUGAGAUCAUGUCUCAUGAACAAGAGCAAUGUAGGAGUAAAAAUCAACAGAACAAAACAGGUGUCCUGGAAAUUUGACCUAA